AUUCUCGCCAUGUCGGAAACCUCCGAUUCUGAAAUCCGGCUUGUCCAAACUGCGUCCGACUCAAGCCGUCUCCUCCGCUCCCGUUGGACUUCAACCGAACUCGAUUUCGGCCUCUCGGCAUUUGACGGUCUCGACUCCUUGCCUUCGAGAUUCCCCAAGUCCGUCGACUUCCAUCUCUCAAUCGCAGAUAAACACGGCUUCAAACGGUUCAUUUACGUUGCGAUAAUUCUCGUUUUCGUCGUCGUCGCGUCGAUUCUCCUGCUGCAUUUCUUGAAUCAUAAGCAGCAGAAUGGUGCAGCCUCUAAGGAUCUUACAUUGGCUUUGCGACAAGCUCUGCUCUUCUUUGAUGCACAAAAGUCCGGAGAUCUCCCGGAGAAUUUUCCGAUCCGGUUUCGCGGGGAUUCGGGACUGGACGACGGGAAAGACGGGGACAUGAAUGCCGAUCUUGUCGGAGGAUUUUACGACUCGGGGAACAACAUUAAGUUCAGCUUCACGACAGCUUAUACGGUAACGCUUCUGAGCUGGACAGUCGUCGAAUAUCACCGGAAGUACGAGGAUGUCGGUGAGCUCGACCACGUUAAGGAUGUCAUAAAAUGGGGGAGCGAUUACUUGCUCAAGCUUUUCGUUCCUCCUUCGAAUCCGGCCUCGGAUUCGUCGGUGAUUUUGUACUCUCAGGUUGGCGACGGAAAUAGGAGCGAUCGCGAAAACGACGCGACAUGUUGGCAAAGACCGGAGGACAUGAAGUAUCCGAGGCCGGUUUCGGUGUGCGACGAAACUGCGGCAGAUUUGGCCGGGGAAAUCGUCGCCGCAAUGUCGGCGGCUUCGUUAGUUUUCGCGGGAGACAAAACCUAUGCUCGUCGAUUGAUCGACGCCGCUGAGGCGUUCUUCGGUUUGGUAAUUAGCCCCGACAAAAAGCUCGGAAAGUACACCGAAAACGAAGCCUGUGGAGGCAGAGCUCGCGCUUAUUACAACUCGACUGGUUAUAUCGACGAAUUGGUUUGGGGAGCGACGUGGCUGUUCUUUGCGACGGGGAAAACCGAUUAUCUUAAAUACGCCACAGAUAACUUUGUUUUCGCCGAGGAAGAGGAGCUGCCGUCGGAAGAAGGGAUAUUCUAUUGGAACAACAAACUUACGGCGAACGCACUUCUGAUGACGAGGAUCCGAUACUUCAUCGAUCUCGGGUAUCCGUACGAGGAUGCUUUGUCGACGAACAGGACUGACUUGCUCGUGUGCUCGUAUCUUUCGUUGAAUCGAAAGCGCGGAGCGACCAACGGUGGAUUGAUUGUCCUGACUCCGGACGGCGGCGGCGCGCCGCUGCAGUAUGCAGCCACGGCUGCAUUCCUUAGCAAAUUGUACGGAGACUAUAUUCAGCUCUUGAAGAGGACAAGUGGUAGUUGUGGAGGUUCUGUGUUUUCUGUCCAAAUGUUGCAAGACUUCUCCCUCUCGCAGGUGAACUACAUUCUCGGAGACAAUCCUAAGAAGAUGAGUUAUUUAGUCGGAUACGGCGACCGUUAUCCGGGCUUCGCGCACCAUCGGGGUGCAUCAAUACCGUGGGACGAAAAAAAGCGCUCGUGCUCAGAAGGUGGUCAAUACUUAAAUUCAAAAUAUAAAAAUCCGAAUGAUUUGGUGGGAGCAAUGGUGGGAGGGCCAGACAAAAAUGAUGUGUUCUUAGAUGAUCGGAACCGGCCAUGGUUCACACAGCCGAGCAUCUCGAGCAACGCCGGCUUGGUCUCGGCGCUCGUCGCGCUCCACGAUCCGCCGGCGGCGAAAAACUCAUCGGAUUCGGAUGACGGUGCUACAUUAGGGAUAGAUAAAAUGGGAUUGUACCAAAAUGUGCACUUGAGGUGAUAAUAUUAGUCUUCUUGUAAUUUUAUCUUUUUCAAAACUAAUUAUUUCAUUGUGAUCGAAUAGAAUAUAGUGACAAUCUUAUUGUCACUAUUAUAUA